AUGCAAAAAAAUUACAAAUUAUUCUUUUUGUUAAUUUUUGGACUUGAACAAUUAUAUCAAACUUCUAUACCUUUUUCUCCUAUUACCCCAUCAUUAUUACCUCCAAAUAAUAAUAUAGCAUUACAAAAAGCACAAGAUAUUAACAAUUUAAUCGCUACUAUCCAAGCACUAGAUAACCAGAUUCAAAAUCAAACAAAUACUGUUACAAAUAACACUAAUCAUCUUGAACAAAGAGAAACCAAACUUAUCAAAAUUAUAUCUUUUGCUGAUGCAUUUGGACACUGGGAUACACCAAAUCAAGUUGAUAGGCCAUCUGAAACUGUAGACCAAUAUGCUAUGUGUUUACAUGAAUUAUAUUGUCAAUUAGAAACAAAUGCCAAUGUUUACUCAGAAAUAAAAAAAGUUCAUAAAUUUACUACUAGUUUAAGAACAGAAUUACAAAUAGCAGUAUGUCUAUUUGCAUCAGUGAAUACAGAAGCAUAUGUUAGAAAAAGAAAGAAAGUAGUAGAAGAAAAUAAAACUCCAGAAGUCCAAAAUAUUGUAGUAAAUGACCCUCAAGCAGAAAGUUCUAAAACACCUAAAGCCAAAAAGAAAAGAAAUCCUCUACAAGGUACAAGAUUUCAUAAACCAACAAUUGGUAAAGAUGUACAAAACUAUUCAAUUGUUCAAAACUUACAACAAAUCAAAGCAAAUAUUUCUAUUGCCCAACUGGCUGCUAAAAAUCCUAAAUACCUAAGAGAACUUCAAAAAAAAAAGAUCAAAUCUGCUCCUAAACCUAUAGUUACUGCUCAAUAUGCUGAUGAUAGAAAAUUUAGAACUACUGUUAAGCAAAUAUAUGUUACUAGAAUUCCAGGAGUUGAAACUAUAUUCAAAGGAAAAACAAAAGAAAAAAGCUCUGAUAAAAGUGAAAGUGAAUAUGAAUCCUCAAGUGAAUUUGAUAAAUCUACUAAAUAUAAAGAUAAACAACUUGAAAAAAAGAAUCUAUACUCUUAA